GGAUGUCGGACGUACUUGUAAGUUACGAUGCACUUGUAAGUUUAACGGUGUGCGGCAACAGCGCCACCUUGCGUCGGCCUUGGCAUUCCUCACGUUGCCAUCGCCUCCGCUGUUGGCCUGUCCGCUGCACACCAACUUCAGUGGCUGAAAUAAAACAUCACAUAUAGAGAUCCGAAUCCUGGGUGUUUGCUGUGUUCUUUACCAAAUCACCACAGCUGACCAAACAGCCCCCCCCCCACAAGUGUCAGAAGUGGGAUCUCUUUUUUCAGCCAGUCUGCCAGCAGCGGGGGAUUGAGGAUCCGUCACUGAAUUCAGAGUCGUCGAGAUGGCAACCCACGUCAGCGUACGGUCACUAACAGAAGAAAAGGCGAGGAAAUUUUGCCUGGUUGAAGGGCGUCUGCCUCUCCAAAGCCUGAAAGGGUGUUACCCUGAUGCAACCGGGCUGAUUCACAAAAUUGACCAGGACAAUGAACUGAUUCUGCCAAUUGUGAAUGGGGCCAUUCUCCCGCCAGAGGGGGGAUGGGAAGUAGUAGAGUACACACCGCUUACCAGAGCCGAGAUCAAAACAGAACCGCCCCAUACCGAGUCCCCAUCAGAGGAGCUCCUGCGUGCGCUCGUAGCCAAACCAUCCCAAGUCGUGAUGGCACCCGAGCGCAAACUACCGGUAUUCGAGGGACGAGAUGAUGAAAAGUCGGUGCCCGUUGAUGACUUUGUGACAGCAAUGAACCACGCUUAUGAGAGAUACCACAUCCCGGAAGACCAGCGGGGCCAAUUUCUACUGGAUUCACUCCGGGGUGGUCCGAAAGUUGAAGUGCGGUCACUGUUGUCAUCCGGUAAAACCACAAAGGAGGCCUUGAAGUACCUAACGACGUCAUAUGGGGAGACCCUAACAAGUGGAGAGUUGCAGCGGCGGUGUUUGGAACGACGACAGCAGCGUGGUGAGUCCAUUCGUCAGUUUGGCGUGGAGCUACAACGACUGUUCCAACGACUAUUUAAGCGAGACCCCGGACUAUACAAAGAUCCAGACACCAUCAUCCGAGAGCAGUUCGUAGACGGCAUCGAGCAAGAGGGGCUGAGGCACUCCUGCAGAGACUUUGUCGAUCGCAAUCCAUCUAUCUCCUUCGGAGAAGUGAAGGACUGGGCCAUAAAGCGGGAGGAACGAGAACGGGCCCGAGCGCAGACUACAGCCUUUCAAAGUACCUCAUCGGCUAUGGAGGCUGGGAUGAAACCUGACGCAAUCCAGCGACUGGAGAAACAGAUGCAAGAAAUCAUGGUAUCUGUGAAAUCCCUCGCCGAGAGGAUUCCACCUGCUGAAAGACUGCCUACUCCGAUUUCCCCCCAAGCCCUUUUGGCACAGCCUGGGGGCCGACCUCCCAGACCUUGGUGGCACCAGACAGACUACCCCAACUUCCCAAAGCCGAGAGCCGUUGACAACCCGUAUACUGCACCAGUUCAGUCCACUCCAAGAUGCUUCAGGUGUGGCCAACCCGGACAUUUUGCGAGGAAUUGCCUCAACUCUGCUCGGCCGCGCCCAAACCCCCCACCCCCUUCACCAUUAGGAGCCAUGGGUCCUUCGGGAAACUAGUACAUCCUACUGUUGGGAGCCAAACAGUGGGGAAUGGAAUAACUGGCUCAACUCAUCAUGACUUACCUGGUUUUCAAGCACGUGCUGCCUCAGAUUGUUAUGCAGUUGAUGUGAAGUUUGGAAACCAGACUGUUUCUUGCUUAUUGGACACAGGAUCCAUGGUCACUACCAUCACCAAGGGCUACUUUGACAGCGUCCUGGCACCAGAGGGUGUGAAACUUGAGAGUAUUCCAGAGAAAUUCAGACUCAUCUCAGCUAAUGGCGCAAACAUCCCCUAUGUAGGAUGUUUUGAGACUGAUGUGCAUUUGCUGGGAGUGACUGUUCCAUCCCGACUCGUUUUAGUCAUACAAGAGGCAGGGUCUAAUGCUAGUCCCUCUAAUGCCCCAGGC